CCCUGGGAAGCGUCAACCGAUUGGAUUAUCCAAACUCCCCCAAAUCGUCAUCACUUUCCAUUGCCCUAAAACAUCCCUUUUCUGCAGAAUCAACCUAAUUAGGGCUGAGAAUAAACGCUUGAAAGUAUUCAAAUUCAUACCUCAUGGGUCGUAUCUCGAUCGAGUCCGCGAAGACGGUGCUGGAGGUGGCAGAAGUUGCUUUUAAAGCGGUCGAGUUCUCCCACCACCAUCCCCUCCACCUCAAGACUGAACAUCAAGAAAAAUCCGGCAACAAGAACGAAAAUAAGCAACCUUUGGAAGUAAAAGAAAAGGAAUUGGAGGCUUUGAGAUCGGAGAAUCAACGUCUUAGGGAUUUACUCGAACAGAAUCUCAAACUCCUUCAGAACAUAUCCGAAUCGCCUUGCUUACUGGAAGAUUGUCCUCCUGAUCUACAUUCUCGUAUUAUAAAUACUGUGGAAUCUCCAAAGUUCUUGAGUCAACUAAACACCCUCCAUAACAACACAGUCGAUGGGAUACCCUGCAAGUUUUCUCUCGAAGACACCACAGAAUUGGGUCUUCAACUAGAUGAGAUUCUAAUAAACGUUGGCUCUGAAGAACCAAGUUUAUGGAUUUGGGUCACUGAAGAAAUGGUACAUGGUAAACUUGAAGAGAAAAGUGGAAUCGAUAAUGAGAAUUAUGUAGUUAUUAGCCAUGAACAGGUGGUGGAUGGAAUUGCCAACUUUAUGGCUAAAUGUAUUCUUUUAAACCCAAAAGCCAAGAGUUUGACACCUGAGGAGAUGCAAAAGAAGUUGAGCAAGGCAUUAGGUGGCAUGAGCAAGUUUGAGAAGGUAAUGGAAAUAUGGCAUGCUGGUCAGCUGUUUUAUUUGAUGGCAACUUGGGGACUUGCUCUUGCAGGGUUGUAUCAGAGUAGAGCAGUGUUAAGAAUUGCUGCAAGGGGAGUUCAUGCAACAAGCAAAGUUGCUAUGAGGGCUCUUUAAGUUGUGAAUUUGUGGAUUUCUCUUUCACAUGAAAAGUGUAAAUAAUGUAAAAAAAAAAAAUUACUGUUUUUAUGCAAUUUAAAGAAUUGUUCAUCAGUUUGUUUUUUUAUUGUAAGGCGUGAUUGCUUAACUUCAAGAAUGGCAUUGUAAAUAUAUGAUUGGGUUGUGUUU